UGGUACACGAACAUGGUGUCUAUUGGUUUGACGUUUCGAUCAUUUUUAUGUUUAGUUUUCAAAUGUAUUUAUUCUAAUAGAUAUUAAUCGAUUUUAUUGUAAUCGAUGAUUCAAUCAAAGUCAUAAUUUAUUAUAUUCCUAUCUCACUUAUUGUCUUUUAUCAUGAAACUUAAAUUGUAUUACGUUUGUUCCAUAAAAUAUUCCUGCAAUCGGAUUCGGAUAGAAAGUGAUUCUUAUAUAUAAAAUCAAAAUGUUGGAAAUUCUUACAGUAUUGGCAUACUUCGUUUGUCCCAUCGAACGAAGAACAUCCAUCAAAAAUUAUCACAAUCAAUCAGAACUUUGCAGAGAAGUGAAUUGAGCAAGCUGUGACCCAAUAUGCAUGUGAAAAGAUAAUUUAAAAUGAGGUUCAACAAACAAGAAUUAUUAACCCUGGCAACUCAGCCAUCUCAAAAAUUUGAAAAGGAAGGUGUUUUGUAUGUUCGUGAACGUCAGGAAGGAUUUUUUCGCAGAACUGAGAGUACAGGUAAAAAUCUUGAGAACAAAAGACAAAAAGGGAAAACACAUAAGACUCUACGAGACCUCAGUUGCGUUACAGCCAGCACGAGUAAAGUAAGUCUAGAACGAUGGUGCAGAUUAAGAGGAAACCUUCUAUUUUAUUUCAAAUCUCGAGAACAGUGGUCAGAACCUCUUGGAGUUAUUAUUUUGGAACAGUGCUGUGUCCGAUUGGAUCAACCGACAAAUCAAAUUCCAUAUGGAUUCAGCAUAGUAUUUGAUGGUGGGUUGUUUCAACAAUUGGGAGCUAAUACUGCUGAGGAACGAGAUAGCUGGUUGCAAGCAUUGCAAUUAGCUAGCUAUGAAUGCAUGAGAAGUCAACUUUUAGCAUUAAGAGAACGCAUUGAAGCUUUCAGUGGUCACAAAACUGAUACUGAUAUACAUAUGCUCAGGUUGCAACGUGGGAUUUUUACAGAUCCUGCAGAAAUACCAAUGUGCGAGGUAUCACUAGCAUGCGAUAAUCUUCUAUGCGAUGGACACGGCCGACCUCCUAAUCCUGUUUUGGAAGUAGACGUUCUAUUGAAGCGUUCGAAGACGUGGAUCAAAUAUGCACGAACAGAAGUUGUAGAACGAAGUAGCAACCCUGGAUUUUUAACAACUGUAAGCUUUAGAGCAAGUGACGGUCUUAGCUCUGAUACGAAAGUACGAAUAACAGCCUACGAUGUAAGAGAAAGAGUAAGUCAAACAGCAACACCAAUAGGAAGUUCAAUAGUAACCUUCAACGCGAUCCAAGAUACUCCUAGAUUGAGAAUACCAUUAAAAUCUGCUAAAACGACUACUGUUGGGUUUUUGACUAUUAAUGUAUGGAAUCUGGAAGCCGAAGAUAAAGGAAACAGUACAGAAAGUACACCUUCUAGAAAUAUUCCAAGUACAAACAAUCAGCAGGUUUUAUCGCACAGACGGUCGCAAUCGUUACCUCCGAGAUUAGGAACUAAAAUAAAGCUUCCGCAUCAAGGACAAUUGAAAUUAUUGUUUGCCAAUCCAUUCAUUCAAACGUAUAGGUUUCAUUCAGGAUUGGGUGGAGACAUAUGUGUGCAUGAAAUUAUGGCAGAAAGUAAAUUAUGUUUCCAAUUUCCGCAACAUUUACUUGGAAUUUGGAUACAAGAGGAGAAAGAAUUACUUCAAGAAGUAGCUGGUAUGGGUGAAUUAAGGGAACCAUGGCAUACAAAACAAGUUGCAUUACUUGAUCGCCAUCUUCAUCUGUUACAUUUAUAUUCACAAGCCAAGGAGAAUUUAGCUGAUUUUGAAGGAAGUUAUUUCAAGCAAUCAUCUCGAAGAAAUGAUCGAACUUUGGAAUUUGCACCUUUAAAUUUACACCUUCAAAGAAUGUGGGUUCAUAAUGAUACGCUGAAUAAAUGUGGAUUUUACGAUUUUGUCAGUGUUGGUGCAUUUACUGCACAUUCUCAUAAGAGUAAAAAUGGUGGACUAAUAAGACUUGUACAAGCACUUAAAGAAUCUCCAACACGAGGUAAUCAAUUGUAUCAAGGAACGUCAAAGAUAAUAAUGGCACAUGACGCCAUUCAAGCUAUCAAACAAUUAAGAAGAGAUGUUGUGGAAGCAAUGCGUUCUUUAAUGGAACUUGCUAAACGAAAGCAAACCAGUGGUAUGAUACCAAUCUGCGAAGAUAUGAUAACAAAGACAAGAAUAUUGUUAAGUCUUUGGGAUCCAGGACUUGUGGAAGAAGCAUUAACUUUUCUAGAAGAGCAUAAGGUAGCUAAGGUUCAAGAAGAAACUAAUGAAGAUAGUUCUUUACUAGACUUCAAAGUUAAUCAAUCCUUAUCUCCAUUUAAACGAAUCACGCAACAACUUAAUUUUGACCUAAAGAGUCCUGAUUUUGAUGAUUUCGUAACACCUGAUACCCCAGAGUGUAUGCAAGAUACCUGGGCUGAAGAAAAUACCAAAAGAAAUUAUGCAUCUUUGGCAUUUAAAAAUAGUAUUAAUUGCGACAACUCCGAUAAUACUACUAUUAUUACUACAACUGCAAUUAAUUUUUCUUCUACUACUACUACCACUACCAUUACUACUACUGCUGCUGGUAUUACUACUUCGAGUGCAUCUAUUACUACUGCUACUACUACCACUACUACAACUACUACUACUACUACUACUACUACUACUACUACGCAAGAAGGUGAAAACAAAGAAGACUUCGUUAUAUUUCCAGAAGUAGAAAAUGAUCAGGAUAUAAAGGAAACGGAAGCCAGGGAAAAUGGCAAUCAUGAGGUAAGCAAUAAUAACGACGACGAUGAAGAAAAAUAUGACAUCAAAAAGGAUACUGAUAAAGGCAAACGUUUCUUGGACAUGAAAAAAAUGUGUAACUCUCCGUCUGCAAAUUAUUAUAAACCGACGGACGAGCCGGAACCCUGGGAUCUCACACAGCUAAACAUUGAAGCGAGUGUGAUGUGCCUGGUAUCAAAAGUCAAAUUCCUUUGCGGUAGAUGCAGCAGUCCAGCUGUACGUUUACGUAACAAAAAUAGUUUAGGACGAUCACAGAGUCUCAAGGGAUGUCUGUCGAACAAUCGAAACAAUUCAAGUGUUGUGACAAUUCAGCCUAAGAAUGCGUUGCAGAGCGAAGAAUCAAGUAAGUUGCUGGACAAUUCACACAACUCCGUCUCUCGACAGCAACCAAGUCCCCAAGGGAUGGAAAAGUCGACCCCAGCUUUCUCCAAAGCCAAAGAAGUGUGCCAAGCUGUUGACUCAAUGACAAGAGUGAUUAAAAGUAAUUCUGGACAGAGGAACAAGUUUAUCGAAGGUCUAGACUUUGCAUCGAUCGUAGACUGGACGAGUGAGCUUAGACCAAGUAUGAAAAAGCUGCGCCAGGCUAUGGAUGGGCUUCUUAAAACUGCGAGGCUCACGCAUUCGGUAUUCCGUGUUCAAGAAGAUGCCAAGACGGCUCAACGUGCUUGUAAUGUCAGAUAUAGACGGGACGUUUGCUUUAGUCAGGCACUAACAUCGUUAGUGUCUAGUAUUAUGGCAAAAUUGUGGUGUCAAAGGCCUGAUCCAAUGUUUCUAUUAAUUUUAACGACACUCGGACCUCUAGUUUCUUUCGAGGGACUUUUAAGUUAUUACGGCGAUGAAAUUGAUAUGUGGGGAGAUAUGGCAGUUGCUGUUGAGGAUAUGCAUACCGUUACAUUUACUUUAUCUAGACGUGGUAUUCAGCCUAGAAUCGAAGGCUUUCAACUUCCACUACCUUGCGUAGUUGGUUCUCGAACUGCGUUAACGGUGAUACUUCCAGUACCAGAUGCUAUAUAUUCGUUGUUGCCAUUAGUACCUUCUUCCAGACAAACUUUAUCCUUCAACGUUACACCUGUAUUCUUCAAUAUAGGUAUUAACGAAAUGGCAUCAUUGGCUGAAAGUCUUGGUACUACUAAACCUCAAGAAAAAAGUAAUAUUGAUAAUUUUGAUAGACUGAACGAAUAUUAUUUGAGAUUUAGAAAACUCAAUUUGCCUACGGAACCAGCAUCUACACGGCUUGGUACAAAAUCUGCAUUGAGUCAUACAUUGGCGGACAUGAUGUUAAAUUUAAAAACGGCCGUUCACGCUAAAGUCAAUAAAAACGUCGAGAUAUUGCAAUUAUCGUCGCAAAUAUGUCGACGAAUGCGUGGCUUGAGAUUUACCAGUUGCAAAAGUGCCAAAGAUCGGACUGGCAUGUCGAUCACGUUAGAACAGGUAAACAUACUCUCAACGGAAUAUCAUUUAGCCGAGCAUGAAUUUACGAGAGCACUCGAUUGUAUGCGAAGCGAAGGAUGCCGACGAGAAAACACGUGGAAGAAUAUCGGGGUACGAAAAUACGCGUUCAACAGUCUACAGAUAUUAACUUUUCCAAAAUUGUAUCGACCACCAACCGGAACCUAUGGAUCAGCACAAACUUAAGAUAAGUGUUACAACGAUAUAUAUAUAUAUAUAUAUACACUUUGUUUUAUUCAAUUUAUUACUAUUAUUAUUAAUUUUUUUUUCUUUUUUGUUGAAUGAUCUUUUUGAUCGGGACUUGCCAAUUAAUUUAUAAUUUCAUGCGAGGUGACUAACGAUUAAAUCAUAGACACACAUACAUACAAAUACCCAUACUCCUAUGUCGAUAGAUAUAGCAUUUAGCGAUAAAAUGAAGUUUGUGUUUUUAAGAUACUAGGAGAUUUCAACGAACGCGAUUAAACGUAGCCGUUAAUAGCUGUUAACUUAAAAAAAGAGUACUAAACGAUCAUAUGUAUUUACUCAACUUUCUUCUAAUACGAUUUUUCACUUUUUGUUGUUUACAAAUUGUGCUAUGCGUGCUAUAUAAAAACUGUGUUUUCAGAGUACCGUUUUAUAAGAGAGUUGAGUGUACAGAAUAAUGGUCGAUCAGGAUUAUUCUUUAGUGCCAUUUUUUAAUUUUUAUUUUUUAUUAUUUAAACAAAUAGUGCGAAGAUCGGUGCAUCGAGAUUUUUUGCGAAUGAUUAAUUAUUAAUCAUCAUUUGUUAAGAGAAAAAACAUAUUUAUUGCACGAUGUACAUAAUUUCGUCGACGCGAGCACAAACCACGAAGAAAGAUUUUUUGAAAUAAUUAAUGACAGAAAAGAAGGAUCAGACUCGUCUAUCACAAAAACUGUUGUUUAAAACAGGGCUUCUCAAAUUUUGUCCACUUGGCGAUCACCCAAAUUAUUUGUAAUAAUUUUGUAUUCUUACUGAAAUUUCUGUUACUUCCAAAUUUAAUUACGCGACCUCGUAUGGGGAUCGCUACCCACACUUCCGGAAGCUCUGAUUUAAAAAGAACAAUUUUUAAUUAAAUUAAUUAGAUCAAUCUAAGCGCUUCCUUUUACUGAACAAUCGAUCGAAUAACAAAUUCGUGAUAAUAAAUUAUUGCAGAUAGAGCUCAAGUUUAUAUUAUUACGUUGAAUUGUAUAUUUGUAUAUUAUUAUUAUUAUUAUAUUUUUUUCUUUCUUCUUCGAUUGAAAUAUUGUUUAAGAAAUAUCUGAGAAACGAGAUAUUUCGUUAUUAUAAUAAUACUCUCGUACGUGAUAAAAUAUAAAAGAAAGGAAACGAAAAAAAUAUAAAUCCAAAUGAUAAAUCCACGAAUUUUGCCUCUGGCGACAGGCAACACACUCGUACGAACGUGCACUAAAAAAGUUCAUAACUCUGGGUGUCUAUGCACGUGCUUUUGAAAUGAAUUUUAAUUAAAAAAAAAUGAUUCAUAAUUAAUAAUAUAUUAUACGUAUAUAUUUGUAGGAGAUUAAAAGAAUUAUUAUUAAGUUAUAUAAUAAAUGCUCUUUUGUUUAUCAACGAAGAUAGUUUAUUAAUUUUUAGAGAACGAAAACAAAAUAUUUAAAAGAAAAUUCGAAUUAACAAAGUAUAUUAAUAUAAAAUAAUAAUAAUAGUAAUAAUAAUAAUAAUAAUAAUAAUAAUAUUAAUGAUAAUAAUCGGUGAAGCACGUUGUCUCAGGAAUCAUCUCAUUGGAAAAUGAUCAAUAUCUUAAAAUCAUUUAUAUGCAUGUCCAAGUGUCAACUAAAUAAUCGAACAAAUUAAAGGCAGCAGAAACAAAAUAUGUAUUUUCAAAUGAAUACAAAACAUUUGUCGUUCAUACACGCCGAGAUGAUUCAUUCGUGUUACUUAAGAAGAGAUCGUAUAGAAUGAUAUUAUUCGUGAAUAAGAAAAAUUAUGAUUUUUUUCGUAUUUAGAGAGAUCUGUUAACAAAAAAAUAAAAUACAAAAAACAGAAAGAAAUAAAGAACAAAAUAUAUUAUCGAACGCGUAUAAACGAUCAUUUUCGCAAUUAAAAAAUAACAAAUUGUAUCGAACGUUACGUUUCGCUCGUAUAGAUACACACAUACACACAUAAAUACAUGCAUUACGUACGUACAUAUUAAAUAUUAACGUUAAAAAUAAAAUUAACAAAA